UUCAUGGGGCGUUCCCCCGUUCUCUGAGCUAAAUAUUCCACAAAUAGAUGUUGACGGUUCAGAAGGGUGUGCCUGCUUGUUGUGAUGCUCACAAAGGAGGUAACACGGGUUUGACGCUGUAGCACAGCAACACACCCAGAGCUGAGGUCACCUGAGCAGCAUAAAAGCAGAGCAGCUGCUCAGCAGCAGCAUCAAACCGGCAGAAGUCACCUGUGCAUCAAGAUGAAGCUGAUCUUCUCUCUGACUCUCAUCUAUGCGCUCUGCAGCUCAGCUGCUGCUCUUCAGUGUGACGCCUGUGCAGACGCAGCAUGUUCAACCACAUUUAGUAAGAAUUGCAGCUCAGGGACCUUGUGUGUAACCGCUUCCAUCACAGCCUCUUCACCUGGAGCUUCAGGAACACGGGUCUACAAGGACUGUGCUGCUCCUUCUCUUUGUCCCAUGGCUGGAGCGGCAACCUUUUCCGUCAACUUGGGUUAUUCCAGUGCCAUUGCAUCGGCUCAGUGCUGCAACUCGGACAACUGCAACUCCCAGACCCUGGCUUUUCCUACCCCUCCGUCUGCUAACGGCCUGACGUGUCCCGGCUGUGACCCGCCCACCUCUCAGUGCAGCUCUACAGUCCAGUGUUCAGGAGACCAGACCAGCUGCUUCCAAGCAACCUUGAAUAACGGCUCCACAUCAUAUCCAGCUCUGGGCUGCGUGUCACCAAACACAUGUGCAGCUGCAACCGGCCUGGGGAGGCUGCCUUUCAUGGAGAACGUUGGUGACAUCACCCCUGGACCAGUUUGCAGUGCUGCAACCAGCAUAACCACAACUGUUCAACCAACGACUUCUACUACUCAAGCAACCACAACUGCUGCUACGGCACCUGCAACUUCAUCAACCUCCACAAGUUCUGAAACCACAUCAGAUGCAGCAUCAACCUCCACAACACCAGAAACCACAACAGUUGCACCAUCAACCUCCACAGCACCGGAAACCUCAACAGUUGCACCAUCGACCUCCACAACACCAGAAACCACAACAGUUGCAGCAUCAACUUCCACUAUUGCUAAAACCACAAAAGUUGCCACAUCAACAUCCACUACCUUUGAAACGACAACAGCUGCUUCCGCCAAACCUUCACCAGCCGCCCCAGCAACCUCCGCCGUCCCUGCACCAGCAGCCCCAGCAACCUCCGCCGGCCCUGCACCAGCAGCCCCACAACCUCCGCCGUCCCUGCACCGGUUGCCCCAGCAACAUCCGCCGUCCCUGCACCAGUAG